CUUUCCCUAUUGCCGCAUAUGGCGUGCACUGAACGAAUAACCUUGACUAUCGAAAGACUACUACCCAAAAGACUAAAAUAAGUGUCUACGUGCCAAUCUGACAUGGUGUUGAUACCAAGGAGUGCUGAUCAUUCCACGGUCUGUAUCUCUUUGUCUGUAUUAAAGCUGCGACCGUUUUCUUCCGCCUGCUUCUCAUGUAUCAUUUCUGUAUCACCGAACUCACACAAACUAUUGGAUCACAAGAUUAAUAAGGAGAAGCGACCGUACACAAUUCAACAGACGUACGCCUUAGUCAGGAUGACAGGCAGGGCUAAAAGCGAAGGAGACGCGACUUAAACAUAUGAUACUAAUGGGACUAUGUAAGCCAGGAGAAAAAACUUACUUAAAGCAACAGCUUCGGCCAAGCUUACACAAACGACAAGGCUCGCAAAACUCUUGUCAAAGCUUUGCUGGAAAGUAAUGAUGAUGUCAGCAAACGGUAGCAUCAAGGGUUGUUAGAUUGACGACUCACAGCACAGACUACAGCUAUGGUUGUAGCGAUACACCUGAAUUCAAAGAC